AUGUUUGGUAUGAGAAGACUUCUUCCUGCAGGUUUUCAGUACACAUACACUAUUUCUGUCCUUUCCUCUCCAACUGGUUGGAGGUUACCCGCUAGUUGGCCUUCUGAAAUUGGAACCUUUCUGGUUCAACACUUUGAUUUAAAUCUUGAAGACACUAUUAAAUGGAAACAUGGUUCUUUUUGGUUCAAGGCUGUGUGGAAUGUUUGUAGGGAGCAUAGUGAUCCAGUUCCUUGGUGCAGCUUAGUGGUUUGGAACAAUAACAGGCCUAGAAUUGCUGUUCAAACUUCCCUUAUUUUACACAAUGCUUUUCCAUCCUAUUUCAAUCUAAGAAGGAGAGGUUUUGUUGGUCCAGCCAUUUGUUAUAAUUGCUUCUCUGAAGCUGACUCUCGAGACCAUCUGUUUUGGUGUUGCCCUUAUGCUAGACGCGUAUGGAACUGUGUUGUCUCCGGUGUUGUGCCCGGUAUGCUAUAUGCUGUGUGGGAGUCUUGUUAG